AUAACUUUAGAUAAAUUAAUUGGUGUGACUAACAUUUGUGUGCCUGCUAUUAAGUAAAUAAUGUUGUGUUUAUUCAGAAUACUUUACUCACAGGGAACUUGGAGAACCACAGCUAUGUCUGAAGGACCGAAAAAGAGCAAGUACUCAGCCACACGCCGACAACUUUUAAAAAGCAAGCUGCUGGUGAAAGCAACUUCCAUGCUUGUGGCAGAGUCAGAGCAGCGCAAGUGUGAGAGGGAGAGUGCUUUGAAGGAAAGGGCUCCUCCACUCAACCUCUCUGGUCUUUCUGUUCAAGAGCUGCAGGAGAUCUGCAAAGAUCUCCAUCGCAAGAUUGAAAUUACAGAUGAAGCACGAUAUGACCUUGAAGUUAAAGUGGACAAAAAUGGGAAGGAGAUCCAGAGCCUGAUGCAGAAGAUCAGCGAGAUGAAGGGCUCCAUGACCAGAACCAAACUGAAGAGGGUGAAAAAAUCCGCCGAUGCCAUGCUGGAUGCCCUGACUGAAUCCAAAAUAUCCUCUAAGGCUGACUUCAAAGCCAACCUUAAAACAGUGAAGAAAGAGGAGGAGAAGAAAGAGGAGGUGGCUGACUGGCGUAAGAACGUGGAGGCCAUGUCUGGCAUGGAGGGCAGGAAGAAGCUGUUUGAUGCAGGCCAGUAGGGGGCAGACGAGAGGACCAAGGUCAGCAGGGACGCUUCACUGUCAAGGGUAAAAAUGUCAGAAGGGACAUUGAUGUGGUAUUUUUAUUUUUCUAUUGUCAAAUUCGUCACUAAUUGGUGGCUUGAACAACAAAAAAACAAACAAACAAGAAAAAAAACAGGACUUCGUUUAUGUUUGUGGAAAUUGAAAUAUUAAAGAGAAAAUCAAAGCUGCGCACAUACGAUCACAAAUGUAUCUAUCUACAUAAAAAUAUUCGUAUCAGUGAUGUCUAUGUUUUUAUUCUGUUGGGUGAAGUUAUUGUACCUAGAAUCUCAAUGUAUACUGACCCCUUUGUCAAGCAGCCAAUUGCUAGCAUAUAUUUAGUCUAUAUCGAUUUACUGGCACAGAAGCACUAUAAUAUUUCUGUGCAUUGAAAGCCUGCAUAAAUGCAAAGUGUAUGUCAGCAAUACUUUAAUGCUGGUUAGAAACUGAUAAAUUGUUUAUGACCUUGUGAUGACUAUCUUAAAGGAUGUCCAAUACUACAAUCCUUUAAUCCACAUUGUAAUGGCAUUCCACAAUUAAACACAAUG